AGGCACCGCCCAAGACAGCCCCCAGUGAGCGUUGCGAAAGCUCGGGGUCCUGGGUUUCUAUGACAACACGCAGGCGUUCCGGGAAAGGGCGAAGCGACCAGAUGUCUGGCGGGAAACACAAUUCACAGGACAGUGUGGCAAACCUGCCAAAUCCCAGGACGCCGAGGAUUUGUUUCUAAAUUAGCUUUUUGGAGGGACGUUCCAAAUUACUAAAGAAAGUGGUAGGAGGCAUUGUUGAUUAUGUCUCUUCCAAAAACGCCCUCCACAUUGCUAACCUCCGUGUCAACGGCAGAGGGCAAAAAAUUAAAAGUCUCUGCAUCCAAGGAAGAGACAGGACUGCCUGAACUAAAGGAGAAAAAAACUAUGGUGGGUCGUUCAAAACCCCUUCCUUCAUCCCUUCAGAAUGAGUUCAUCCCUGAGGAAGUUCUUCUUUCUCUGGCCUCUGCAGCCAAUGCUGGUCCUUGUCCUGAAAACUUACUGCCUCCUAAGAAGACUAAAACCCCAAAGGGCACUCUUCCGCGUCCGACUGACCAAGUCUGGCAUCACCCUGUUCGAAGAACUAAGUUCAAGUACCUGAUUGACCAUCCUGUUUCCCUAACGGGUGCUGGAAGGGAUAUUUCUUUUCUGUAUGAUGUUAAAUAUGUUAAAGGAGAGACUAGGGAGAGUUCGCUUUGUCCCCCACGUUUGGACCGUUCAUUACAGUCAAAUGAUGGUGUCAUUGUGCCUCAUAAGCCAAAGAAAUUAGCAGACACUUUGAUUCCUGAAGAAUUUCAUAUUGUGUCAAAUACAGGAGUUUCAGGUUUGGAGUGUUAUGAUGACAAAUAUACUACUCUCCUCACAGAUAAUGAAAACAGGCUAUUGCUCUUCCCAUCCAUGAAACCUAAUAAAAGAGUAGAAGUGGUCCAACUGAAUGAUGUGAUGGACGCCAUGCUAGAGAGGGCUGGUGUGGAGAAUCAGGAAUAUACAGGGCCAACCAAGAUGCACAAACUACUGCAUAUGCUGAAGAAGGAACAGACUAUUUACAAUACAGUAUUUCAUGAACUUAUUCGACAAGUCAGUGUGGACUGUGCAGAUAGAGGAGAACUACUGUCCAAAAUCAGAGAGCGGUAUGUACAAAUGCUUGACCAAAUUGCCCGGCAGAUGAUUGACUUCUACAAAGACAUGGUAACUCAGCGAAUAAUGGACCAGCGCAUUUUGGAAGAAUUGUACAAUUUUAAGAAUGUUACUGAAGAACUGACCAGGGAGCUGUGUCUGGUUCGGGCACAUGAUAUGAAAUUCACAAAGGAAGCAGAGAAGGCCCACAGGGAUUUGGCACAAGCUCUCUUAGAUGCUGAAAAGAAUGCUAAGAUUGUAGAAGAAUACCAUGACUUAUACACAUUGCAAAGAGGAAGGAUGGAGUGUGAUAUUAAACAGUUAAUGUCAGAAAGAGAUGUCUGGAGCUCAGCCACAUAUGAAUUGGCCCUAAAGGUAAUUGAAAGAAAUAGAGUUGUGUUGGCUAAAAGACUUUACCUCAAUGAAAAAGGCUGGAAUAAAUAUGCUAAGCAUUUCAUCAUACUGCUGUCAGCCAAGGACACUGCAGACCUUGCACUGUUGCAGAAAUUGACACAGAAAUGGAGAAACUUAAUGAAUAAAUUUAAAAACGAAGUGGAACAAAAUGAAGAAUCUAUAAGGGAGAGAUUGCAAAUUGUUAAGGAUGGCCUUACCAAAUGGCAGCAGUUUUUCAGAAAUAAUAGUGAAAAAGACAUUUUAUCUCCUGAUAAAGAAAAUAUAUUUGAAUCAGUUAUUCCAGAUUUCAAGCAGUGGCAAAAGAUGCUGAAUGAAGAUAAAGAAAAGUUUACUGGAGAUUGUCUGGUGUCAAAAUAUGAUUCUCUCAAGAUUAUUAAACAUUUACAGGAAAACUGGACAGAUAUUGGGUAUGGGAUAUUUGGUCGCCAUAAAAAUAUGGAGGGGGAGCUGCCACCAGAGCAACAGCACAUGAAGGAAAUUGUGAAAACCAUUGGAAGACUCUACAAAGAAUUUGAAAUAAGAAUAAAUGGGGAUAAUGGUAUCUCUAAAAUUCUUUCAAGUUUGAUUAGUUCUCUUGAAUUCUGUUCUUUCAAGAUGGAAAGUGUCCUGGAGUUUCCUGAAAUGCAUCUUAAAGAAUACGAGGAACUUAAUGAAAAAAUUAAUGAAAUAAUAUCUCAGUUGGAUGCCUCAUUAAACAUUGUUGGUACCAUCCCUCCGUAUAUAGACACGGAUUCUGGCUCGGUGCUUCAAGCACAAAUAUUUAACAUGAUUCAACAAUGGCUUUUGAAGAUAGGCAAUGAGAUUAACAAUGGUAACAUUGAACUUCAGCACCAAAUGGAUGAGUUGCAUAUAUCUAUGAUCCAGUGGAUGGUAAGCUUGCUGAUUUUAAUGGUGCCUGACUUUACUGACCAAGACACUCUCCCAAAGUUGGAAAAGGAAAGUGCUGAGAAACAUGAUGUAAGAGUUGCAAAGUUAGAGCUGGACGCAAUCGCACUGGCCAGAAAGUUGUCGCAAUAUUCAAGCUAUUUGAACAGUUGUUGCAAAGGGAUGGUAACAGCUAUGGCUCUGAAUAAAGCAGGUCACUUAGAAAAAAAUCCUACUAAGGAUCUUCAUGAACUGAAUGAGAUGAAGAGAGAAUGUCAUGAGUGGAUCACCACAUGUUCUCACCUCCUUUCUGGGCUUAAAGGCAGAAUAAUAAAGUUACUGACACCGGAAGAAAAGGAGUACCUGUUUGGAGAAGAGGAUUUUGUAAAAGAAUUAAUUGAGCCUGAAACAGACAGGCUUUUUAGAGAAGAUGAAGGAGAAAGUAUGGAGGAUAAGAAACUUGAGAAGGAAAAGGAAGAAGAGAAAGAAGAGAAGCCUUCAACAUCCAGAGAAGAGGAAAGACUCAUUAGAAUCAUUGAAAAAGAUGAAAACAUUCAUACCAAACCUCUAUUUGAAACCGAUGUAUUCUCUUCCUGGAGAGAAUCAGCUAGUCAAGGCACACUGGCCCCAAAGUAUCUUGAAGCAAUGGCUAUAAUUGAAUGCACACAGGAGAAGCUGAUAGAGUUUGAAAGCAGAGCCAGACAAGCAGAGGAGAAGUUUGAGGAGGUAAAUGAGAAACUUCAUCAUACCCUCAUAAGAAAUAAAGAACUAGAGAGGGAAGUAGAGGAUAUUUUGAUAAGGUCUCAAGAGAGGGAGGCUGAAAGACGAAGAGAAGAAGAAAAUGAAAGAGGAGGAGAAGAAGAAGAAAAAGAAGACGAGGAAGAAGAAGAAGAAAACAAGGCAGUAGAAUGUUCCUCAAAGUCUCUAAAGAAAGAAGUGCAGCGCAAGGAGGGUCUUCUCAACCCUAAGUCCAGGACCCGGACUAAACCCAUCUAUAAGACCAAACCCAAGUAACAUCCUCAGGGUGUUGGGCUUCAGCAUGGCUGCCCUCACCGAUACCCGUGUGCUACCGAGCUGACAGUGUGGCUCGAUCCGAGGGACUUCCUGCGCAACGGCUACUACAAAGGCCGCGAAUAUUUUGUUUUUACAAGUCGCAGCAGUGGCUGGAGGGAAUAAGUGCAUUAGCUUAUUUCCCAGAUUAAAAAUAGCUUGUGCGAAAGUUUGUUAGCCUCUUCAGCUGAGUUCCUAAC